AUGGCAAGUGAGUUUAAAGUGCGGGCAUUAUAUGACUUUGUGGGUGAGAGUGAACACGAAUUAAGUUUCAAUGUAAACGAUAUUAUAAUAAUCACAUCUACCAGCGCGCCUGGGAACGGAUGGUGGUAUGCAAAAAAUAGUCAUGGAAGAUUAGGUGUAAUUCCUGAGAAUUAUGUUCAAACAAUCGUUGAUGAAACACCCGAGCCGAGUAAACCUCCGUCAUGUUAUGCACAUCCCGAUUUAUCUCUAUGGAACGGUAAUGGUUCUGGUUCUCAAAACAACUAUCCAGCUUCUUCGUUACACAAUCCCAAUAAUAAUGUAUUUUCUUCGUCACAACGGUCUGCGUCAAACUAUACAAAUACAAAUGUAGAUCAAUUUGCAUGGCAACCAGGUACAAACACGAACAUACAUCCAACAUUACAUCAAAGUGUAAGUCAAGGUUUUAUGUGUAUACCAUGA